ACCGCCGCUGUGUUCUCUUCUCCUCCACCGCCGAUCCCCUUUCUCCUCUUCCCACCGGCGCCAGAGCCGACGAGCUCGCGCCACCUCACCGCCUUCCUCCCUUUUCCAGCCGUCGCCACCCAUCUCCUGUCACUGCUGAGAUAUGUAUAGGCAGGCGUCUUGGUAUUUGGUUGCCAAUCAGCAGGCCAACAUCUAGAAAUAGAUGGAAGCGCCGGCGGACGGAGACCUGGUGGAGCGUCUGCCUGAGGACGUGCUCGUCGAUGUGCUCCGUCGCGUGACGGGGCCACGCUCGCUCGCCGUGUCGCGCUGCGUGUGCAAAGCGUGGCGGGCAAUCAUCGACGGCGAGGGACUCCUCCGCAGGCAGCUCCCGUUCAGCGGCAUCUUCAUCUGCUUCAGGAGGCUAUGUCUGCCCGAGUUCUUCUCCCGCCCCGCGUCCGCGGGUCAGCCUAUUAUUAGCGGCAAGCUCGAUUUCCUGCCCAGGGCCAUUGAACUUCGCCCCGAUGGCAACUACUACAUCGAGGAUCACUGUAAUGGACUCCUCUUGCUCCAAGGGAGCUACAUCGAUGAUCACUACGUGGUUAACCCUGCCACGCGAUGGUGGAACGCUCUGCCCUUAUGCCCGGACAAUCGUGGUGAUUAUUUUCUGGCCUUUGAUCCCACGGUGUCAUCCCAUUACCAGGUGUUUCAGAUCCCUUAUUUGGAUUGGGGAAAAUAUGAGAUUAACCCUUUAGAAGAGACAUCCGAAUGGCCUCCAUCUCCAUAUAUAUUGCAUGUAUUCUCUUCAAGGAGAGGCUGUUGGGAGGAGAGGUUGUUUGUUCGAGAAGGGGACGCCGCAGGAACCGUUGCAAAGGCACGUGUGCGCUUUGAGGGACAACAAAACUCGGUCUAUUGGCGCGGAUCCCUUUAUGUGCAUUGUCAAAGUGAUUUUGUUAUGAGAAUAUCUUUGUCUGAAGAUAAGUACAGUGUGAUUAAGCCACCAACGGAUAUUGGGUGGAGCAGUUAUCUAGGAUUAUCUGAAAAAGGUGUGUACUGUGCAUCAUUUGUUGAGAAUGCUCACAUUCUGGUUUACACCCUCACUGAAUCGUGUGAUCAGUUCGAGUGGAUAUUAAAGAACGACUAUGACCUUAAGCCUGUGCAAAUGUUUGAUGGCCAAGUUAAUGGACCCUGGACCAUACAAGACAUUAACUAUGAAAUUUUUCGUUCUCAUCUACCAAAUAUCAACAAGGAAGAAGUAAUUCAAGAGAAUUUUGAAUGGAACUCCGAUGAUGACGAUUUCAAUGAGAACCUAGACAUUGUUGAAGUGCAACAUCGUCCAUAUUUUGAGAUGGAGGUACUUGGAUUUCACCCGUACAAAGAGAUUCUCUUUUUGAGUAGGUCAGAGGACUAUAAAUUGAAUGCAAUGGCGUUUGCCUAUCAUUUGAAUAGCUUCAAGGUUGAAAAAUUGGGUAGCAUAUACCCGACAGGUCACGACUAUUUCAACUGCAGCAUUCCUAAUGAAUCUCAUGAGAUUGAAUCUUUUCCGUACACGCCAUGUUGGAUUGGAGAAACCCCAGAAAGCGUGAAUUAAUCGGUAGUAGCUCGUCUUAAACAUUAUCACAUAUGUGCUGUUUUUGUUUGGAUAAUUUUGGCUGUGACUUCUGCAACAAAUUAUUCUUUAAUUAUUAUUACUCCAUUUUGUUAUCAAGUAGCUCCUAGAUUCUGUGUUUGGGGCUCGCAGAUGGGUUUGCAUCUCAUGCGUCUAGCUUCAAGAGAUCUCAUUCACGUAAUGUAGUCUUCUAAGCAGGAGUUU